AUGGCCCACCCCGACUCGAUUGAUGCCGUCGUUCGCACGACGGGCGCCCCCACCGCCGCCGCCCUCGUCCGCCCUCCGACCGACGCCAUCACCAUUGAGCGUCCCAAGCUCAAGGGCCGCCAGCGCCUGCUCUUUGGGCUGCAGCGCAUAGGCUCGUCGCCUUCACUGGCCAAGAUGGGCAGGACCUCGUCGGGAUACCGAGGCGGCAAGGCCUCCAUGUCAUGCGUCUCGCUGUCGUCGGCUGGCUCGCCGUAUAGCCAUUCCUAUGGCAGCUCGUGGUCCUCCGAGCUCUCCAACGGCUACUCUACCGCCCCCACCUCCGUCUCCAGCACUCCCGCCCCCGACGCACAGUAUUUGGACAAAGCCCGCAUCAGGCGUCUGGAUGGCCAGAGCACCCCCGCCUCGGUCCCAUUGCCCGCAGACCUCAAGUCAGGCUCUCGGCUGGGAACGCCGCUCCCCGGCGUCGAUGAAGACUAUUUCUCACGCCCGGUGCAGCAGCUCAAGAAGCCCCAGCGCCGUCCCAACUUCAGCUUCUGGGGCGACAUGCCCCAGGAGCUUCGCACUGAAAUCCUCAGCUACUUGAAGCCCAAGGAAAUCGUCCGCUCCUCUUCUGUCUCUAAGCAAUGGCACAAGAUGUGCUUUGAUGGCCAGCUAUGGGCCCGUCUCGACGUAUCGGAAUUCUACCGGGAUAUCCCGGCCGAUGCUCUGGUCAACAUCAUCACUUCCGCUGGCCCUUUUGUGCGAGACCUGAACCUUCGCGGCUGUGUCCAGCUGCGUGAUCAAUGGAACGUCAAGGGUCUUGCUGAUGCUUGCCGGAAUCUGGAAAACUUUUCGCUCGAGGGCUGCCGCAUCGACCGGAGUUCGAUCCAUUGCUUCCUGCUGCAGAACAACCGCCUGGUCCACGUCAACCUCUCUGGACUGGCGGCCGCGACCAACUCGGCCAUGAGAACCCUCGCAGAGCACUGUCCGAAGGUCGAACACCUUAACAUAUCGUGGUGCAACAACAUCGACACUCGCGGCAUCCGCAAGGUUGUAGAGGGUUGCCCAAACUUACGCGACCUCCGCGCUGGCGAAGUUCGUGGUUUCGACGACGUCGAUUUCAUGCACGAGCUGUUCAAGCGAAACACGUUGGAGCGGUUGAUCCUCACCAACUGCGAUAGCGUCAACGACGACUCCCUGAGCGCACUCGUUGAGGGCAUCGACAGCGAAGUAGACCUUCUGACCGGCCGAGUAACCGUCCCGCCUCGGAAGCUGAAGCACCUGGAUCUUACCAGAUGCCGCGGACUUACAGACACGGGUAUCGAAAAGCUCGCGUUCAAUCUUCCCGACCUUGAAGGCCUCCAGCUCUCCAAAUGUUCAAGCAUCGGCGACAAUGUGCUGCAAACUAUUUUGCCAACCUUCCCUAAACUCACACACCUUGAUCUCGAGGAACUCGACGAGCUCACAAACCCGACCCUGCAGGUCCUCGCUUCUUCGCCAUGCCACGCCCAUCUCGCUCACCUGAGCAUCAGUUACUGUGAGCUUCUCGGCGAUGCAGGCAUGCUACCAGUACUCAAGUCAUGCACCAAACUCCAGAGCUUGGACAUGGACAACACGCGCGUGUCCGACCUCGUUCUUAUCGAGGCUGCCGCAAUGAUCCGGACACGGAACAAGGCAGCGCGGCCGCUGACUGGCUCAGAGCGCCCGACUGUUGGUCUGCGCCUUGUCGCCUACGACUGCGCCAACGUGACGUGGACGGGCGUGCGCGAAGUGCUCAGCCGCAACGCCGAGAUCACGACGCCCGCACGUGGCGCCACGUCUUCUGGGCCCACCUACCCGAGCGAGAUCAUCCAGAUCAAAUGCUUCUACAACUGGCAACCCACAGUGGAAGAGCAUACGAAACGCGUUCUGCGGGGUGAUUUCCAGGCGGCUGCGAGACUCGAACGCAAGUGGGCGGACUGGAUGAUGAUGAACGAGGAGGCUGGGGCUAACGGCGCUGGUGGGAGGCGACGCAGAAGGAGAGCGCGUGAGGCACAGGCGCUACACGAGGACGAGGAAGGAGGUGGAGCGGGCAUGGGAAUCGGUAGGAGGAGAAGGGCCCGCAGCGGUCCGGGUGGUUGCACGGUGAUGUAA